CUCUGGAGACGCGCAUCAAUCCUGUUUCCAUCUCGUCUCAAGGCUACGAAUCAACGUCGGGAAAGACCAGGCAAGACACGUCGUCCAGCUCAUCUCCCCCUUUGCAAACUAAACGAACGCCUCGACCUUCAUUCAGAGACUCAAAUUCUCAAACACUCUCCACUGAUCUCUUACACCCACUACUGGCACUGGCGGCUCUCCACACCUGGUACACGCGCCCUAUACCUCAGGUGAUGAUCAGUCAAUGUUCGUUCAGUUGACAUCUGCUGAUUGUCCGUCUACGAAGUUGUUGCAACCAGCUGCCUCGUGCCGCCCACUCGCUUGAACACUUUGAACUAUCAACCAAGACCGCCCACUACCGCACGCCCAUCCACCUUCCGUCUCGAUCGUUCCCGUUUCCUCCACUCUGAUCCAUUGCCUUUUGUUCUCGACUUCAUUUAAAGUCACCCAUUUAGUUUUUGCUCCCCAUCCUUCCACCUUAGGCCCCCCGCUACUUCCACGUGCUCCGCACCCUCCUUCUCGCGCUGCCCACUCCCCUAACCUUCUGGGUUGCCUUCUCUUGGCUGCGACUCUCUUCCUUUUCAUGAUCAAUUCCCUAGAGGAUGAACAACGAGCAGCCUCGCCGUACCAGUUUCGGCAUGUUACUCCGACGCAGCAAAAGUGGCGAUCUAGGCAAAGGUGGUCGUAAGGCGCAGGCCCUUAGGGAGGCUGAGCUUGAACGACAGCGCCAGGCCUCGACGCGCAUUGCUCCUAAGCUGCCCGAAUUCGCCAACCAUUCUGAACAACUAUCUAAAUCCUUUGGCCCCGAGUUGCGCCCCGAGUCACCAGCCAACGUUCCUCGAUCAGCAGAUUACAUUACUGUCAGGCCUUCAGCAGAAUAUCCUCGGGGAUAUGGCGCUGCUGCACAUGCUGCCGUCCCUGUUCCGCCGUUGCCCAACGGUGGUUUCGAUCCAUAUGCCAGAACAGAAAGCAUGACGAACCGUGGCCGCUACAGCUAUGCUAGUAGUGCUAUUAGCACGGUCAACAGUCCUCGCCGUGUUCGCAGACGAAAGGACCCGACGCCUUUGAACAUUCUCGUCAUUGGUACUCGUAACUCUGGAAAAACAUCCUUUCUUGAGUUUCUCAAAACCGCGCUCGCUCUUCCACCUAAGAAACGAGCCAAGAAGGGUGAUGACGAAGUGCCGCAGAAUCGCAACACCCCCUCUGGAAACUUUAUUCCACACUACCUUGAAACUGAGAUUGACGGGGAGCGUGUUGGUCUCACCAUCUGGGACUCAGAAGGCCUAGAGAAGAAUGUAGUCGACCUUCAACUUAGGGAAAUGUCCGCAUUCCUUGAAAGCAAGUUUGAGGAAACCUUUGCAGAGGAAAUGAAGGUUGUACGCUCUCCUGGUGUGCAAGACACCCACAUCCAUGCGACCUUCCUUGUCCUUGAUCCUUCUCGAUUGGAUCGCAACAUUGCAUCCGCAAGGAACCCAGCUAUCAAUGGUCAGCAAAACGGACACCUUGGUGCGCGUGUGCUAGGGAGCCUGGAUGAAGACCUUGAUUUGCAAGUUCUGCGUACGCUCCAGGGCAAGACUACUGUGAUCCCAGUCAUUGCCAAGGCCGACACCAUUACCACCAAGCAUAUGAAUGUUCUCAAACGAAGCGUUUGGGACAGCAUCAAGAAAUCGGGCCUAGAUCCCCUGGAAGCACUUGGCCUUGAUGAUGAGGACGAGAGUAGUAUUACUUCUGAAAGGAUUGCCGAGGAGGACGAGGAGGAAGAUGAGGUCGGACACGAACGCGGUGGUGCUCAAACCCCUGAAAGCCAGGAAUUCCCACUACAGGGUCAUCGAGAAAGCCCAGCGGCGUCUCCAAGCUCCAAAAGACUAUCCACCAGCUCCAUUCGGCGACAUAAAGCACAAGAAGAGGCCAAAGAAAAGGAAGAUGAGAUCCCUUUCCUGCCACUUUCCAUCAUCAGUCCGGAUCUGUACGAACCAGGUGUCAUUGGCCGACAGUUCCCGUGGGGUUUUGCUGAUCCUUACAAUGAAGAACAUUGUGACUUUCAACGGCUGAAAGAGGCUGUUUUUAGCGAAUGGCGUGCCGAGCUACGUGAAGCUAGUCGGGAGCAGUGGUACGAGGGAUGGAGAACGAACCGACUCAAGCAGAGGGAUGUCCCCUAUCGUCAUCGAUGAAUGCUCUUUAUUGAAGGCAGCACCUACUACGCAGGACUGAUACGCCCUUAAAUACGAUCAAAAUGUUCAAAAAGACAUUUUGUCACUGGACCAUGUCUUUGCUUGAUACGGCAUGGAUCAAAACGCUCUUACUGCGACCAUCUUUCUUUGCUCACACCACUUUAACGCUAUACCAUUUCCCGGAAAACUGCAGCAUACCCUUUGUCAUCUUGUUAUAACAUUUCUGAACUUGCGAGGAAGAUUACUGUUUUAUACAGACAAGAAUAGCUUCAACUCGCCUUUACGGCUGAUACCCAUUUAUUGAGACACCCGACUGUUUCUACCGCGCGGCUUUUGACUUUUAGACCGACGGACGAGCUAGUCUCGCAAGGUUUUAUCAACUGCUCAUGAUAUGUCCUUCACUUCUUUUUUUUUCUAUCUCUUUCGACAAACAUCUCAGACACUAGCGUUUGUGGCAUUGGUUUUGAGAUGAGAGGUCUUUAUGGGCGUCUUAUGGCUCCGCCUUACAAAUCGUACCCUUCUUGACAUCACUAUACCGGCGCUUAUUGCUGUUGUCUGGACUGAGGGCACGACUAGCUUUGAUUAGCACCAUUUCUUAGGGCAUGGAACACAAUAGCUAUGCCGCCAGCCAUUGCGAAGAGUCUGGGCAAGGAUGAUGAUAUGUGUAGCUGGCUCUGUAGACUCAGGUGUCAGACGAGAUCGCCUUUUCUUUAGUCAGCUUAUUUUACUAGAAAUACAUUACGCAACUCGUGCUUUUUAACUAUGAA